AAUUAAGGAUAAUUUACAAGCGAGAAAUAAGAAUUCAUUAAAGAAUAAACAAUAAAAAUGUUUUGAAGUAUGAAUUGAUCAAAUGAAAUUAGAAUGAUUCAAGAUGUCAAUUAUAAUUAAAAUAUAUACUUGAUAUUGGAAUUAUGUGAAGAAGGAAAUCUUAAUAGAUUGUUGAAUCGAAAUAAAAAAAGACAAUUAGAUCAAGAAUAAGCCUUUUAAAUAUUCAGUCAAAUAGUUAAUGGCUAUAAUUCGUUCUAUGAAUCUAAGACACUUCAUAGAGAUUUAAAGCCGGAAAAUAUUUUAUUUACUAAAGGCAUUGUCAAAAUUGCGGACUUAGGUGUUGCUAAGAUAGUUGAAGAAAUGGGUUUGGCUAUUGAUCAUACUAUUGUUGGUACUUUAUUAUAUUAAGCUCCUGUAAUGAUGGCUUGUACAAAAUACUCAGAUAAAGUUGAUUUAUGGUCAUUAGGAAUAAUCUUUUAUGAAAUGCUUUAUGGAGUUCUUCCUUAUGUAUAAAAUCAUCCAAAGAAAUUAUAUAAGCUAAUAACGACAGAACCCCUUAUAUUUCCCUAAGAUGUUCAAAUAAACUAAUCAUACAUUGAAUUAAUAAAAAAAUUGCUUUAAGUGGAUCCAGAAACGAGAAUCACAUGGUAGGAUUUACGUGAUUGUCUAUCUAAAAAUUCGAAACUCGAAAUUUUCCAUUAUAAAAUUUAAGUACUUCAUCAUCCUUGAU